CGUGCUCUAAGCGGUGGCUUCGCCCUAUGCGUAAUAAAUGAAUAGUUUAUUUGUUUGUCGAUAUUAAACUAAAGUUGGAUAAUAAAGUGCAAAAUGGAUGUGCCGAGUGUCAUUAGUGACCUAGGGCAUAUCCCGAAAGUGAUCCGCUGGCGAAAAAGGCGAGAUUAACCUAAUUUUGGCUAGCACCAUCGGAGACCUACGUGCAGCAUGGUGAACAGCACUGUCUUCGAUACGAACGCUUCGAUAGGGCAAGAGGAUCGAAACGCUGCGAAAAUAUGCACCCAACAAACUCAAAAUAACCCUUCGGUCGACGUUUCGGCCCGCUACACCGCCUCAUCACAAAAAACCCCACCACCUGACGGCCAGGUUCCCUUAAAUACUGAAAAUACUGUUACAGUAGAUAAUAUCGACGAUGAGGAUAAUACUUUAUGUUGCAGCGUUCCUUUGGACAAAGUCCAAGGCGUUCUGCCAACUGUUCAUCAUCCAAAAUUCGACGAACCUAAACCAACGCGCAAACUGCUUUGUCUGUACUGCGAACGUUCCUUCGCCAGCGCAAAUUUGCGUUCAAAACACGUCGAACGCGUUCAUUCCGUCAAAAAGAAUCGAAGGCUGAGUUCCAGGAAGCAACAGCUCAGCAUCACCCCGUGUAUUUACUGCGACAAAACCGACAGCAGCGAGAACACCUUGAAAGAACUCUUCCGACAUCUCGUCGACGAACAUUCCGACAAAUAUUUCGGAUGUAUAUCGUGCGAGGAACGAUUUUUGACGAGCGCUUUGCUUAGCGACCACCAUGCGGCUCUGCAUCCUACCGUGGAAAUACCGAGAACCGCCGUGAAAGUAGCUGGAACGGAAGAAGAUGAUGAAGAUAGUGUUAAAUUGACGCGCAGUCGCGUGAAGCCUAAACUGGAUGGGGAAAACCCCAAGAAGUUAACGGUUAGAAGCAAAAAUGCUAAGUUGAAGGAGUUGCGUAGCAAGAAAUUAACGGUGAAGAGCUCGAGGAUAGCGUUCAACAGGAGAGAAUCCAAAAGACUCCAAGCUUUAGCGAAGUUAACCGAUGCGCAGAAGAAGAAGAACCGGCAGAAACCUGAGAACCGUAAGCAUAACAAUUCAAACAAGCCUGAAUCUUUGAACGAUAAGGCUAACAAACCAACUUCCAUCUGUGUCAAUCCCUAUCCGGAGUUUGAUAAUUUUUACCGCGUCAAAAAGAUUACCGAUCAUUCCAUAGACAAUUUAAAAAUUAGUUCGUUAACUUUCGACGACGUGUUCGACAAGGCUUUCUUCAAUCGGAUCAAGUGCAAUAUCGAGGAGAAUCUGUUACAUCAUAUUGAUGGGAAACUGUUUAAAAACGAGGAAUCGGAGAGUCGUAUUUCGAAUUUCGAGAAAGUGUCGAGCGCGCAGACCGAAAUUCCGAACUCAGCGCAGGAUAAUUACGGUUGCGAGUUGUCGUUGAACGCCGUGACGCCGAUAGCGGCGCUGUCGUUGAAUUCGCAAUUCGGCGAAGAUUUCGAAUCUCAAAUCGAAUACGGUUCUAAACCAUCCAAGAAGAAGACUCAAACGAAAAAGGAUGAGGUGCAUUAUAAGUACUUUACCAGGCGCAAAUUUCAGGCCAGUAUUUUGGAACAUAAGGAAAAUCGUGAUCUCAGCAAACUUGACAUGUGGACUCAAUUGGUCAUUAAAAAACGUCAACAGAAGAUCAUCGACGACAAAAAAACAGCCAAAGAAAUCCAAGAGUAUUCCACGUGCGAUGAAUACAAGAACAAAGUGAAAAAGGAAGAACUUAAUAGGAUAUUGGACAGGAGGGGGCCCUUCGAGGAUUUACGUGAAGAGGCUAGCAAAAAGGCUGCGCUAGACAAACUAAACUCUGUAUCAGAGGACAGUAUUAGCCACGAAAGUUUCACCGAGGUCCGAGCGGUGCUGAACGAGAUAUUGAGCAGGGUAUUUGCCGUUACCGAAGAGCCCGAAGAAGUGGUCGAGCAAGCGACGAAUAUUCGGGCUUUGUCUAAACCAGAUCUCAGGGAAAUUCCCAGCUUUUUAAAUCUUCGUCGAUCUUCGUCUCUUCAUACCGACGAUGAAAUAGAUCAAUCGGAUAAAAUAACGUUGAUCUGUUCGUCUCAAGAUACUGAAAAUUUCGAACUUCCCACCAAUGCGGCAAGAGGCAAAAACGAACUCAUUGAAAUGUCAGGUGAAUGGGCCCGUUGCCGAUUGUACAUCUGCGCUGCUUGCGGCGCAAAACUUCCCAACAUGAAAUACCUUCUAGAACACAAGACCAUCUACCACCAGAACGUUUGGGUGCAACACUACGAGUUCGUGGGCAACCAGAGCGAGCUAUACCGUCAUUUGAGCAUACCGGCUCUAGGCAAAGUAGGUUUCGUCGAGGACAAUGCAGCUUGCAAAAUGUGGAGGCGCAGCGAAGCUCGGAUGUGCUCAAAGUGUAAAAAACAGUGUAACACUUUGGGCGAAUUGCAUAGACACAUUUUAGAGUGCGGUGGCGAUUGGACUUGGGUGUUGGUUAGGAAAAAGUGUAAAUACAGAUACGGUGCUAAGUCCAGAAGAAAACGGAGAGGCAUGGUCCUAAAAGUUCACCACACCAAGCGAAAGACUGAUUCAACUGAAAAGAAAAAAUAUACUUACAACGGUCCUAGACAACGACCUAGUGAUGCCGAAACCAUUCAAAGAAUGCUAGCUGAUUUGCCAGCCAAAAGAUCAACCCGGAAACUCAUCUCUCUGUAUGAUGGAGUUAGACGGAAACAAAAAUCGAAAGAACUAGAAAACGUCAAGCAGAAAAAAGUGAAAUGUGGCAAAGUUAUAUACGAUAGAAGCAGUAACAUUAAAGAAACUACAGAAAAAACUAUAAACACAGUUGUACCGCGUAAAAAAUCGCAACUAAAGAAUAAAUCUUCCAACGUCAGAGCUUUACGCAGCCUCGGUAGAGUACUAUCCAGCCGAAUACUCGACACCAGCACCAAACUGACAGUAAAAAGAAAGCUGAAAGUGUUAAACGAGAGGCGACGAACAAGACAGUCUAUUGUUGCGGAAAAAGACGAAGAUGCUAGUCAACCAUCUAAAGAUACAAGAAAAUUAAAAAUCGACGCUUCAAAAGAUGUAACGCCAAAAAGGACAUCGCCGAGAAGCACAAAGAUCGUGAGAACGUUGAAACUAUUCACUGGCAACGCGAACAUUAAGUCAUUCUUUCCUGUUAAAAAACGAAAAGUUAAAAAAGAAGUAAUCAACGAAGAAGAACCGAAAGAUGCUAAGACCAGGAGCAAAAAGAAGCCUAAUGAAACAGAAGAUACAAUUGAGCCUACAAUUGAAAAAGAUGGUAAACUGAGUACUCUUGUUAGAUCUCUAAGCAUGAACAAGAAGAAAAUCAUGAAAAAAGCAACUCAAGAUUCACCAGCUGAAGAUUCGGUCGAAUCUGUUAAAAAAACCGCUUCCAAUGAAGAGUUGGAGUUAACCAGGCGCAAGCGCAAAUUAAAACAGAGCUUCAGAAACGUCAUAAAUAGGGUGAAGAGACUGAAAAUUGACACGACACCAACCAAUCUUGAUGCAGUACAAACUCCCGUCAAAGAAAAACCCCAAACAGCAGCGACCAGUCAUUUUUUAGACGAAAGAACACAAGAAAAAGAACUUCCCGCGAAAAUAGUAAUCCCAUCCAACAUAGAAGCAAAAGAAAACAUAGCUGACAUAUCAGAAACUGCCCGUACUGUGAUAGCGUUUAAUGACAGUAACGAAGACUCUCCAGUUCCAGAGAAUAUUUUCAAAUUGGACGCCAAUGAAGAGAAAAACUUGCAAGCCAAAGGCGAACCCAAUUUCGAUACUACAACUGAAAUAAUUAAAACAGAAGAUGAUAAAGAUGCUGAACAAUAUUUCAGCGAAGGAAAAUUGGAACCAAUCUCUAUAGAAACUUGUUUUAAAGCUAAAUCAGUUCCAAUGAUCUCGCCUAACGUGAAGGGUAAAAUUCGCAAACCUGCCAGAGGUUUGAACGAUUGCAUAGCCAUGCUGACGUCGAAAUUGCAGCAGAAAACCGAACCGUUACCGAAACCCAGUAGUUCAAAUGUACUGGGGUCGACUCAACAACCAAAAAUAGUCACUGAUCCAAGUCCACAAACAGCCGAAUGCAUUCUAAAGAUACCCACUUUUAAAACCCAAAACGAAACAGUGGAAGACGUCGCUUUGGAUUUAAGUACUAAGUCCAGAAAUAAAGAACCUGAAGAAUUAGUACCGUCGAUGAAACAUACAGUGUUCGAUAAGGAAUCGCUUUGGGACUUCACUCGUUUAACUUCGGUAGAAAAAAUUAUAGAAAACGUUGUUAGUAACAAGUUCCAAGAACCGCAGAAGUUCCUACCACCAAAUUUGAACUCCAUAGACAAAACCAUACAGAAGGUCAUUGACGGACAUUUGAAACAACAAACGACAUCGCGGAUUCGAACAACCGUUGAUGAUAUCAUCGAUUACGUUAGUAAUUUGGAAUCUCCAAUCGGAAAUAAUAGUUCAAGCACACCCGUAAAGGCUCUUGUGGAAGAUUUGAAGUUGCCGCUGCUUCUGAAGACCAAAGAAAGAGGCAGAAAGAUCGGAUCCGUCAGGAAAAUUAAUAAAAUCGAAGAGACUGCGAAAGGAACUAACGAAAUAGUUGAUGCUAUUUCGGAAAAAGAAGAAUUCAUGCCAGAAAAGGCAAUUAAAUCUGAUGACGAACCAAUAGAAACUCGAAUAAGUUCGACCAAAGAGAAAGUAAUGAAAGUAGCGAGAAAAAUCGGUCAGCUCAGAAAAUCUAAGAAGAAAAUUGAAGUAGAACAACCCAAAACGGUUUUAACAGAAACCCAUAUAGAUCAAGUAUUAGACAUAAAAGAAAUCGAGAAUAAAGUGCCAAUUAAUGAAGAAAAAUCUGAUAAGAUUCCCUUAAACAUUGAGGACGAACCUAAUGUUAUGGAAAAUAAGACUGUUAUUUCCCUGCCAAUUCUAGUCAAACCUGUCGAACUGAACCUCUUCAUUACAAAAGAAGAAAUUGUAAAUAAAGAACCGCCAAAGGUUGAAAAUAAAUCAAAUCAGAACCUUAGAAACUUUAGAAAACAGAAUAAAGGUUCAAAAAUUGAAACUGUUGAAGAAAAGAACGAAAAAUCAGAUAAUUCAAAUAGUUUCGUUGAAGAAACUCGAAUGGAAACAAAAGAUAUCGAUGAUGUUAAUGUAAAUAAUUUAGUUCCUAAAAACUUAACGAUUAAAGCAAAGAAAAAAGCUCGAAAGAUGAAAAAGAAAGUCACUAAUAAGUCUAAAAUGCCACAUCAAGAAAAACCAUCAAUAACGGAACAAGUUAUUGACGAAACAAACAAAGAACUUCAUCAAUCGAAUAACGAAGAAACUGACCAAGCCACAUUGGACGUCAUUUCAGUGGAUACAAACCCAAGUUUGAUUAUUUCGUUCAAGACUAAGCGAAAGAAGAAGGCAACAAAGAAAUUGAGAUUUACGAAAAAGAAGACGAGAAAAUCCGGCAAUAACGUCAAUUAUGACGGAAUUGAAGUUGAAACUAACAUUGAAGCCAAAAACGAUUCAUUGUCUGACGAUACCCUACCAUUGGAAGGACAAAUUACAGAUGAAGCUGUUCAAAUACCAUCAGAAGACGCAACAGUAGUAGCAGUUGAAGAUAAAUCAAAUGAAGACAAUUUUGAAACAGUAGAACCGAAGGAAAAUAAUAGGAGUCCUAAAAAAUCUCCUCAACCAAUCAAAACUAAAUCGAUCAGUAAUAUUAUAAAACCAGCUGUACUCUCAAUAACCAGUAUACUAAAAAGGGAUUUUCCAAAGGAAGAAACCAAAGCUGUAGACAUCGAGUCAAUUAUUCCAACGUACGAGUUAAAUUCAACUUCACAGACUGCAUCAAACGAACCUGAUACGAAAUUUAAAAGACCGAUAGGCAUUAAACCCAAAAAGAAAGGCUCUAAAGCAAAAAGAUUCACAAUGCUCAAAAAGAGAACAUUCAAAUUUCUUCCUUUGACUGGAAUCGGUGGUGAAACUGAAUCCAAUACAACUAUUUCAGAAAUUAUCCCUAUGGAAAAACAACCAGUUGAAGAUUUGACAGUGACAGUGAUUGCUACAGAUGUUACUGAUAAAAUUACAAUGAUUCCUGUUGAGAAUCAGGAAAGAACUGAUGGUGUAGAGAAAGAAAUUGUUGCAGACGAUACAGCUAAAGAAAAUAUCCAACAAACUGAUGCUAGCAAAUCAUCAAAUAUACCAGAAAUAAAAAAUGUCGUAAAAGUGAAUAAUGUAAGACCAAAGAAGGUUGCAAAGAAGUUGAAAAGGGGUCGACCUCCUAAAUCGAAUAAAAUUACUAACAACAAAAUAAUUAUAAACAAAGAAGAAACAGUAAACGUAAAUUUAGAAAGUACAGUCGAAGAAAGCAAUGAAGAAACUACGAAUUUAUCGAAAAUUGAAUUUCCUAGUUCUAGUAAAGCUUUAUCGACAGAUUCCGAAUCAAAAGUUGAUCAUUUGAAUGAAGAAAGAACCGAAGAAAAGCGAAAAAUGCCGAUUAGAAAAUCCAAAUUAAAAAAACUGUCAUGCGAAGAAAAUAAUUCUAUAAAAGACAAUUUAGAAGCCAGAAAUGAUAAUGUACCAGAAACGAUAUCUGAUAAAGCAUUAACGACAUCAAGUUUGGAUAGUUUAACUAUGAAUACGGCAAUAGAUAUCCAAAACAAUCAUUCGAGCAGAACAACAAGGUCUUUGGAAGACUUGAAUGCAUUAAAUGAUCAAGAUAAGCCUUUCGCCGAUUUUACACAAACCUCUUGUUUUAAAGCAGAACAACAAGUAAAGCGUACCCGAACUACUAGAUCUUUAGAAAAUUUAACCAAAAUAGUAGAAGAAGAAAUCGAAGGUGUACAUUUUACUAGACCGAAAAGUCGAUUGAAAAAAACUAAAAAACCAUCCGAGAAUGUCAAAGAAACCCUGAAAGAUUCAGAAAAAGCGGUGAUGACAGCCAAAACUCGAAAUAAAAAAUUAUCGAAAUCUUCAAAGUAUACAAAUUUGUUUGAAGAACAAAAUGAUGCUAAAAGCAUCCAUGACAUCGCUACAGUAGAUACGCCUUUGGCAAAAGAUCUGAUCUGUAUAGAGUCUGCAGAAAUUGCUGAUACAUUGGAAUUAAAUGAAGAUUGCAUUCCGGAAUCGAUAGAUAAUUCAGUUUCUGACGAUAUAACCAAAAUUCCUACAAGAAGAAGAGGUAGAAUGUCAGCAAUCGAGAAUUUAAACAACUCUAAUGAAGAACUACCUUUCUGUAGUGCUGAAGAAGUUUCAAAUUCGACAGAAAUAUCUGAAGAAUUGAGCGGAAGGCCAAAACGAUCAAAAUCAUUAAAAAAAUCGUUAAAAAUUGAAACUACAGUAGAAGAAAUUAAAGAUAGACCAAAAUCUGCAGUAUCUCUAGGUCUAACUGAAGAAUCCAAAUCGAAAUUUAAAAGAAAAACAAAACCCGCUAAAAAACUCACGAAAUCUGCUUCUCUUGAAAAUUUGAACACUUGUAGUUCAAAAGACACAUCAAAAAUUAUUAAUACUCCACCUCUAGAAGACAGUUUAGAAUAUAAAAUCAAAGAAGCCAUAAGAAAAUCGAAUUCUUUACAAAACUCUGAUGUUACAUCAAACGUUUCAAUUUCAAUAGACUGCCAAUUAGAACCAGCAGCGGAUCAAUCUCUAGAAAUUUCAAAAACUGAAGACGUUGCAGACCAAAAAUUAACUACUAAAAGAAAAUUAAGAGCUACGAAAGUAAAUAUAGUCGAUAAACUAGAUGAAGAAAGCAUAUUUGAAGACGAAAUUAGGGACAUGCCAAAAAGAAGUCUUAAAAAGAAAUUAACCAAAAAACAAAUUGUUCAAGAGAGUAUUUUGACUAACCAAGAGCAAGAAGAAGAUAGCGUAUUCGAAGAUGAAUUAAGACAAGUAGCUAAAAGCACAGAGCAAUGUGUUAAAAAGAAGAUUGGACAAGAAGAGGGAGAAAUACAGAAAGAAAGUGUAUUUGAAGAUGAAAUUAGACACAUAUUGAAGAAAUCUGAUAAAAAGAAAUCUUCUAAAAGCCAAAUUAUGCAAGAAGAAGUAAAAAACAUAAAAGACACUCUUGUCGAUGAAGAAAACAAUUUUGAAGAUGAAAUUAGUCACGUAUUGAAGAAAUCUUAUAAAAAGAAAUCAUCUAAAAGCCAAAUAAUGCAAGAACAAGUAAAAAGUGUAGAAGAAGACACUCUUGUCGAUGAAGAUAACAAAUUUGAAGAUGAAAUUAGUCACGUAUUGAAGAAUUCUGAUAAAAAGAAAUCAUAUAAAAGCCAAAUUAUCCAAGAAGAAAUAAAAAGCGUAGAAGACACUCUUGUCGAUGAAGAUAACAAAUUUGAAGAAGAAAUUAGUAAAGUAUUGAAGAAAUCUGAUAAAAAGAAAUCAUCUAAAAGCCAAAUUAUGCAAGAAGAAGUAAAAAGUGUAGAAGAAGACAGUCUCGUCCAGGAAGAUGAAAUUAGACAUGUAUUGAAGACAUCUGAUAAAAAUAAAUUAUCUAAUAGCAAAAGUAUUCAAGAAGUGAAAAGCGUAGUAGAUGCUCCUGUCGAAGAAGAUAACAAAUUUGAAGAUGAAAUCAUUGAAGUACCAAGAAUAUCUGGAGGAAGCACCAGAAACAAAACCAAUAAAGAAGAUAACCUUGUUACAGAGACAGAAGAACCAGCAGAGCAAGAAGAAGGGAACUUAUUUAAAGAUGAAACUAGACACGUAAAGAAAUGCUCUAAAAAGAAACCGCUUGAAGAUCAGUUUCCAAAAAAAGAUACUGCAAGAAACGAAGAAUCAAUAGAAGUUCAAUUGGACGAAGAAAGCGCAUUUGAAAAUGAACUUAGACACGUACAGAAAAGAAACAACAAAAAGAAGACAACUAAAAAUGAUGUUGAAGUUCAAGAUGAAUUUUCCAGCCCAAUUAAAUACGAUAAUGGUGGUUUAGGUUUACGAAAAACUAGAUCUUCAACUAAUCUGAUAUCAUCUAAUGAAUCUUUAAUGAAAUUGAAUGAUUCCCUUGAUGCAGAAGUCAGUAAAAUAAUGGAAUUCUCAGAAUUUAUAACACCAGAUCAAAAAAUCUCUAAUACGUCAACCUUUAUGAAUUCAAGCCAAUCGGAAGGUUCACCAUAUAAGUUCAAAAGAGCCAGUAGAAGAUCGAAAAAUAUGAUCGGAAACUCGAUUUUAUUUCGAUCUGAGGAGUCUUUAAGCAUGACCAAUUCCGAAAAUGUUACUCCAGCUGACAUGUCACCUAUUACGAAUCUAAGCGAAUCGGAAGGCUCUCCUCAGAAAUACCAAAGAGUCAGCAGGAACUUAAAAAGCUUAACUUCUUAUCAUUCUGAGGAAUCGUUGAUGGCUACAUCUAUGGAUAUGUCAAAUGAAUCGGAAACUUUACCUCCAAAAGCCAAAAGAACCGGAAGGAAUUCUAAAAGCUCGGUUUUGUCCUAUUCUGAGGAAUCUAUAAUUAAAUCUGGAAAUUCUGAUAUAGUUGUUUCAGAUAGUUCACCUCAGAAAACUAAGAGGACAAACAAGAAGUCGAAAAAACCUGCAGCAACUUCAGUUUCCUCUCGUACUGAAGAAUCUUUGAAUAAUUCAGAAAACGCUAAUCCUGCUGAGCCAGCAGACGAUUUUUUGAGUCAAAAAGCGGCAAGACCUUUAAGAAGGUCUACAAAAAAUUUAGCGAUUCAAAAAGAAGAUAAUAGCAAAGAAGAAAAGAUGUUAAAUCCUUGCGACAUUGAUGUACCAAGUCAAAAUAGUGUUUAUGCAGAAGAAAUAACUACUGUUGAAGAGAAUAUCAGAUGUGAAGAAAUAUUUUCAGCUAAUGACAGUAAAAAUGAUCAAAUCAAAGAUGGCGAAGAAAAUACGUCAUCAGAAGGAUCUGAUGUUAAAUUGUUAGAAGAAAAAAUAAGGAAUGCUAUUAGACAAAGCUUAAUAUCAAUGUCAGAUACUGAAGAAAGAGAUAUUAUUCCAAGCGAAUCUUCUUUGAAACAAAAUGAAGAUAAAGAAGAUUUAAGUCAACAACCGAUUGAUGUUAUUGAUGAUUCUGAGCUAAAAGAAGAUAGCAUUGACCAACAGACUAUCAAAAAACCUAAAAGAAAUAGAAAAACUAAUUUGAGUAAUAAAAAAGUGGUUGAAAUUGCUGAUGUAUCAAAAAUCAACCAUGCAUCUACGGAAAUUGAAAUGUCUACUAGCAGAUCUUUAAGAAGGAAAUCUGCUAUAAACUACGCAGAAAUUGAAGAAUCAAAAGAAGUAACUGAUGAUCUUAUUACUUCAGAUGACAAGGAUGAUGUAAAACCAUCAAAUACUGAAGAAACUGAAGAAAUAAACAAUACUGCUAUACUUGAUGAUACUGGGAAUGAAACGAUUAAUGAAUCCAUAGAUGAAACGAUAGUUGAUGAAAAAAUAGAAGAAAUUGAUCUAAAAAACAAAGAAGAUACCUACGUUUUGAAAGAAAAUCUAACCAAAAAUACUUUGCUCGAAACGAAUACACCUGUAAACAAAAAACGAGCCAAAUUAAGACCUAGAAAAGGCAAAAAACGAUUGAUUAGAAACCGAAAAACAGAUAUACCAAUACCGGAAGUUGCUAGUAUCGAACUUCCGACUGUCAUAUCAGAAAAUGUUCUUACAGCGACCAACAUCGAAACCGAGAUGCCUGAAGAAAUAACCGCCGAAAAGGAACCACCAAUUAAAAUUAUAAUCAACAAACAUAUAGCCAGAAGAAAAUCUAAGAGCAUCAAAAAAGUGGGUCUCAAAGGACAUAACGAUUUAUACGAAGAUUUUGCUCUGGUGAUCAAAAAGAAACGAAGAGCUCCUUUUAUUACUUUUUCACCACCAGAUACUUUUUCUAAAGAAGAUACUUAUCCAAUGGAGGUCAACAAUAUUCCGAAACCAUUGCCGGAACUAGAGAAAGAUUUGGACGAAUCUGUAGAAGAGAUGGACAUGGAAUUAGAUGAAAUUCCUAUAAAAACGAACAUAAUUGAAACUCCUAAGUUGGAUUUGCCGCUAAUAAUACCGAUUAAUGUGGAAAAUGAAUCGAACGAUAAGGAAAUUGUUACACCCAAAGCAGUAGUAAAAAGAAAAAAAGGCAAAUCUAGAGUUAAUAGAAAGAAAUCUAUUGCAGCAACGAAAGUAGUAGAAGAUUUAGGACAACCCGAAGAAAUACCUAUUUUGAAAUUGAAUUUAAAAUCCAAUGACAACUACUUUUCAGAAAUCAUUAACGGCAAUACACCGAUUGUAUCCAAUAACCAAAUAACUAACUUCAUGUUGGAUAAAGACGACUUUUCUAGUGACGAUUUCGAGAUCGACAACUCAUUCGAAGAUUCCAUAAUUUCCUUGGAAAAUAACACGCCAAAACAACCUUCAGUUGAUGCAGAAACGUUGUUCAAUAAGCUCAUUGAAAAUACGGAAUUCGUGAAACCGUUAAUACUAAAGAAAACGAAGAUAUUCAGGAAAAAAAGUGGGAAGAAAUCGAAAAAUCAUUUUGAAACGACUGAAGAUGAUACCUCCGAAUCUGAACUAGAAAUCGAUGAUGCUCUAAUUAAAACACCUCAAGAUGAUUUAACAGACAAUUUGAGUGCUGCAGAUGCUUCAUUCGAAGUCGUAGAAGAAGAAGAUUUUUUAAAACCGCUGAUCAAAUCGACCAAGAAGAGCAAGAGAAAAGGCGAUAAGAGGAAACCCAAAUCUAAAAAUGAAAAUUUGGAAGACCUAAAUAAAAAUUCGGACAUUAUAGAAGCACUCAGUAAAGAAAUAUCGCAAAUUGAAGAAAAACUAUCGGCAAACUUUGAAGAAGAAUCAACCUUUUACAGUAAAAAAUCGUGGUACUCAAAAACCGAUGAAUUAGCAAAAGACGAUAUUGAUAAACUGUACGCUUUCUCAGAGACAGAAGAUUUGGAAUUAGAAAAGCCGAUAGAAUUGCCUAAGAGGUUACCUAGAAAAAACGAUAACUUAGAGAAGCAAAACGAUUUUAAAGAAAAAUCAGUACUUAAUAAAAAGCAACCCAGAAGAAAAUCUAAGAUUAGUACGACAGAAACCGUUGAUUUAAAUUUUAGCGGUGUCUUCAGUGAAGAUAGAACGUCAGAAACAAAACCUUCUGAAGAGUUAUCUGAACACGAAAUAAAUAACACUUCAAAUAUUCUCACGGAAUUCGAUGGGCGUAAAAGUUUAAGAAACGCCAAAAUAAAAGCCUUAGAAAACAUACACGAUGAAGCCUUGGCAGAAUUAACAGAUGGGAUGUGUCAAGAUAAAAAAUCUGCUAAAGAAAUUAAAAUUAUUAACGAUAUUGACAUAAAAUGCAACAAAAAGGGCAAGAAAUUGGAAAAGAACAUUAAUAAUUUCGAAUUCUCUGCAAACUUAUUUACAAAUAGCGAAAUAACAGAUCCUGAAACAAUUAAAGAUUCUGCGAAUGAUCAGAAAGUCGCUACUUUGGAUGUUGGCGUCAAAAAGCUGAACAAGAAACAAAAGAAAAUCGAAAAACCUCUACAAAUCACCGAAAUGUUCAAUUUCUCAAAAGAAGUGUUUAAUAGAGGUGAAUUAAUAGAUCCUGAGACAAUUAAAGAUCCUGCUAAGGAUCAGAAAGAUACAUCUACGAAUAGCAGCGUGAAAAAGCCAAACAAAAAGCAAAAGAAGAAUGAAAAACUUCUACAAGUUACCGAGACCUUCAAUUUCCAUAAAGAAGUGUUCGAUGAUGACCUAACACAUCCUGAGAUAAUUCAAGAUCCUGUUGAGGAUCAGAAAGACGCCAUAAUGAAUAGCAGCGUGAAAAAACCGAACAAGAAGCAAAAGAAGGCCGAGAUACUUCUGCAAGUUACAGAAACAUUAAACUUUCCGAAAGAAGUGUUUGAUAAUAACAAACUAACAGACUUGGAGAUAGUUAAAGAUCCUGCUAACGAUCAGAAAGAUGCCAUAACGAAUACCGGCCUGAAAAAUCCAAACAAAGGGCUAAAGAAGAAUGAAAAGUUUCUACAAUUGUCUGAAACGUCCAAUUUCCUCAAAGAAGUGUUUGAUGACGAACUAAUAGAUCCUGAUACAAUCAAAGACCCUACCAAGGAUCAAAAAGACACCACAAUGAAUACCAAUGUGAAAAAAACAAACAAGAAGCAAAAGAAAAACGAAAAACUUCUACAACUCACCGACACCUUCAAUUUUCCAGAAGAAUUGUUAAAUAACGAACUGGCAGAUCCUGAGGAGACAAUUAAAGAUCCUACCAAGGAUCAGAACGACGUAUUUAUAAACAGCAGCGUCAAAAAAACGAACAAGAAGCAAAAGAAAAACGAAAGCCUACAACUUAAAGAAACGUUAAAUUUCUCUAAAGAAGUAUUUGAUAAUAAUGAAUUAACAGAUUCUGUUAAUGUUCAGGAGGAUGUCUCCUUGAAUAACAGCGAGAAAAAACCGGACAAGAAGCAAAACAAGAAUGAAAAACUUCUAGAAGUUACUGACACAUUCAAUUUCCCCAAAGAAAUGUUCGAUAAUAGAGAAUUAUUAGAUCUUGAGACAAUUCAAGAUUUUGCCAAGGAUCAGAAAGACGCCACCAUAAAUAGCAGUGUAAACAAAUCAAAUAAGAAGCAAAAGAAGACCGACAAACUUCUACAGAUCACCGAAACGUUUAAGCUCCCCAAAGAAGUGUUAAAUAACGAACUAAUUGAUCCUGAGACAACUACAGAUCCUACUAAAGAUUCCACAAUGAAUAGCAACGUGAAAAAGCCCAACAAGAAGCAAAAGAAGGCUGAAAAACUUCUACAACUCACCGAAACUUUAAAUUUUUCCAAAGAAGCGUUCGAUAUUAACCAACUGACAAAUCCUGAGACAAUUAAAGAUCCUACUACGGAUCAGGAAGAUGCCAUAACGAAUAGCAACGUGAAAAAGCUGAAUAAGAAGCAGAACAAGAAUGAAAAACUUCUACAAGUCACGGAAACGUUCAAUUUCCCAAAAGAAGUGCCUGAUAAAGAAAUAACAGAUCCUGAGAUAACUAAAGAUCCUGCAAACGAUCAGAAAGAUAGCAGCGUGAAAAAAACGAACAAGAAGCAGAAGAAGUCCGAAAAACUUCUUCAACUCACAGAAAAAUUUAAUUUCCCCAAAGAAGUGUUCAAUAACGAAGCUCCGUUGCUAGAAGAUUUAGUAGCUGAGUUAGACGGUUUAGAAGAAUUAGAAAACAGUAUAGAAAGAGAACUAAACGCCGAAAUAACCAAAGAAAAUAAAGAAACAAAGAAUGAAUGUUCCAAAGAACAGUUGGAUAACUCGAUGACGAACGAAGAGAAUCAGGAGCUGAGAAGAAGUAGGAGAGGUUCACGAAAAGUUGCUUCUUACAACGAAAAUGAUUUGAUCGAUCCACUUAUUGAUGCUUUAGAAAGUAAAAGAAACAAAAAGAAGGAGGAUAAAGCGAAAAAAGAAGCUGAAAAAAAGUUAAAUAGUGAACAAUUAUUCGAUUUACUCAAAGCGUCUUCAGUCGAUAACCUAUUUGUUCCCAAGCAGCAAAAUUCCUUCUUGAACAGCUUAGAAGAUUCUUCCAGAGAAGUUACCGAUGAUAAUUUCGAUAAUGUAUUCGAAAAUAUGCUGGAAAAAAGCGCUCUCUUAGCCCAGAAUAAAGGCGAUGUUGAUAAAAUAUACGAGUUUACUGAUAACGUAGAAUCGUUAAAUGAAGACGAACCCAAAGUUAAAAUAGCGAAGAAGUCAAAAAAAAUUGAAGAUAUAGAACAAAUUUCCAUCAGCCAAGAUUCUACUUCGAAAAGUGACAAUUUCUGCGAAAUUUGCAAUAAAUCUUUCGUCAAAUUGGAGAAUUUAAUCAAACAUAGACGCACAUUGACUCAUAUUCAAAAACUCUCCGAAUUAGAAGCUAAAGAAGCUGAAAAAUCGAAAAUCAUCAGCCAACAUGAAGAUGAAAACAGCAGGGAAUCGGUGAUUGAACCACCAUAUUUACCUGGCGAUCUGAAAAUCGAUAUCCUGACAAACAAGGACGACAUUCAAUCGCCUUUUAACACUAACCACUCCCUCAAAUUGGCCGACAUCAUCAGCGACGUCUUAAAUAAACCAGUUCUGCCUUGUAUCGACGAAGAACCAAACACAUUUUCAGACAUAAUUCUACAAAAUGAUACCAAGCGAUACAAAAGCCUAGGCGAACGCAAAAGUUUUGAUUCCGAAAGUCUAUUGACCUCCGAAACGCAUAUGACCGAACCUACAAAGACUAUAUUGGAGAAACAGAUUAGUUUGCUGGAAAACAUCAUCGAGAAUCAAACUGCAAACAAUUAUAUCGACGAUAUAUCUUCAUCUUCCGAAAAAACUGAUAUACCAACUGAACCAGGUUCGCCUAUCACUUCUACACCUAUAACAGUCAACAGUUUCGCCAAGCCGAUCCAAUAUGAGGAAAUAUCCGAAGAUAGCGCCAAUAACCGCAACUACGAUGACCAGAAGCUGAGAAAAACUUUAAACAGGGACGAAGAACUGUUCUUAGAAUGCUGCAGCUUGCUGAAAAGUAGUUCAGAGGUUUCUAGUAGCUAUUCGAGUAAAAAACCAAAUGAAAAAAAAAUUAGAACUUUGAAUUUGAAAUCUAUUGAUGCUCCUAAAUGGUUAACCAAGUCUGAUAUCUUGGAAAAAAUCGAUUCCAAUGCUAUCAAUGACUAUUCCGAUAAUUCAAGGAUUCCUACGCCGUUGGGGAACAGCUAUGAUGAUAACGGUUCUAAUUCUAAUACGAUUUCGUCCAGUUGGGGUAUGGAUAGGUCUGUUGAUGAGAAACAUGAAGAAGUUGAAGGUGCAUCGACCAGUUUCAGUUUUGAACGCGUUGCUGUUAAGAAGAACGAAGAUCAUGAUAGCGGUGCUAGAUUUGUUGAGAUUUUACCAAAUAACAUUAGAACUGAAUUUCUCAUUAAUGAAAAACCCACUUCGCAUAGAAGCAGCACAGACGAAAUUAGCGACGGUUUAGACAACAAAAAAAUCAUGACCAAAGGCGCUAGAAAAGUAUUUGAAGGCCUCAAAGUUUCCAUACCAACUGAAGAGCUAAAUAUGGAAGAAGUGUUGAAUAGCAGCCCUAAACAGAAGAAACCAGACUUGGUACCAGAAAAAAAUAAUGAAGAAGAGAAAUUAUGUUCACCGACAUCUAAAAGGAAGUCUAAGCCCGUGAAGAAAGAAGUUGGUAGUAACUUGUUGUUCAAAGUGAGCAAAAAGAAACUUCCUUCUCCCAGCGUACCAAAAGAUCAACAAGAUGAUAAAGGUUAUGACGUGUACGAUUUUGAAGAAACUCAAGACAAUACUGAUGUAUUUACUAAACCGAAUUAUCGAGCUUUUAGAAGCCAAGCAGUUGGAGAAAACGAAAGUGAAACUGAAAGCUUAGAUAAUACAGAACCAGAACCUGUAAUUGUUGUAACGUCUGCAACCAAAAAAUCGAAAGCUCAAGAGAAUAUUACAAAGAAGAAGUGCAUGAUAAUGGGUAGGAUCUUUAAGAACGCAGCUAAAUCUAAAAUCGACGAUAUUGAUGAAGAAAUUAGAACUAUUCCUGUAAUAGAUAAUGAAGAAUUAGUCGAAAACUAUGUAGCUGAAUGUACGAAAGUCAUCAAAGAAUCUACAGUCAAAGAAGUGAUUAAUUGUGAACCAGAAGAAAUUAAACAAACCACGAAACCAUCUAAAUCCGACACCAAGAAACCAGAGAUCAAAAAGAAAGUGAAACAAAGAGGAAAGAAACGAGUAAGAACCAAUUCCGAUUCAACAGAUGACGAAUUCAGUAUAUGCAAAACGAAUAAAAGAAAAACGAAUAGAAAGAACGCUAAAGAAGAAGAUAACUGCAUCAAUUUAGAACAGGAAUUGAAAGAAUGCAUUGGAGUUGCAAGCAGGAAAAGCCAAAGGAAAUGCACGUCAGGAAAACAGAACGUUUUGGUGGAAUAUUGGAGUUCUGAUGAUUCUCAAUUCGAAGCAUUACUGGAAAAUAGGAUAGUUACUGUCAAACAAGUAGAAACUGUAAUACCAGAACCGGAGGUUGUACCUGCUGUAAUGCAACCACCUCCAGAAGUAAAGAAACCAGUUCAAAAGAAGAGUAAAAAGAGCAAAUCGCUGGAUCACUCUGUGGAUAAUAACAGCGUUAACAGAAGAAAGAGAGCAGCUGUUAAUCCCUUAUAUCACUGGUCAAGUUCUAGUGAAGAUGAAUCCAACGAUCUAAUAGAAGUAAAACCUUUGAGAGAAGGUCUGGACGAGGAUGAAGACAGGCCAGUGCAGCACGGAUGGAUAGUAGGGGACUCUCCUAAAAAAUUAGUGACAAUGCUGGCGCAAGCCAAAGGGAAAAAGGCUGAUAUAGACAGCGUGAAAGAGCAGGGAAAAAAACGGACUAACACCGUUAGUUGACGGUAGAUGUGAACGCAAAUUUUUUGUGCAUAGACACACUUUAUAUAUUUCAGGUUUUAGUGCACAGUAUAUACUUCGGACGCCAGGAAUUUUGUUGGUUUGUUAGUUGAUUACUUAGGGUGGAAUUGUAUCUACUUCAGUCUUAAACUAAGUUUAAACCUGGUUGAUACAAUUCGCCUUGGGUAGGAGUGUAAAAUUUUAAAUGCGUUUUGUAUAGAUUUUUUCAGGAUCUAGGACAGUAAGCAGGUGAAAAAUUAACAUUUUUUAUACUUAUUGGUAAGUUAAAGUACUAAAUGAAUCAGUAACUAGUCAAUUUUAUAACUCGAUAAAGGGUUGGCAACAUUGUUAAAAUAGCAAAAAACUAAAUUAAUGGAUUACUGCAAAUUUGAUAUAAUUUUCAUUUCAAUAUUUAAGAUCUGCGAUCACUUAUGACUAAGGGAAAUUAAUAAUUGCUAUUAAUAUUAUUUGGUCCCAAAAUAUUAACAUGCUUCUAAAAUCGCAAUAUAAUCGCUAAUAUCGCCUUAAUGGCAUGUGAAAAUUUUGCAAUUCUUUACGAUCAGCCAAAACUAGGAUUUGAGACUAAUUCAUAAUUAAAUUAUCUUUUUUUUUAGGUUAAUUCGUUUUUUUAAUGUCGCCAUAUUGUUUUUGUUGAUCGAUCAAAGAUCCACUCUAUUAUUAUUACUGUACUUGUAUAUAAAAUUUCAAAAUUAUAAAUUUCUGCAUUGAAACUAUUUUUAAACGUUAAAUAUGAACGUUAUAUGUAUUUUAGACACGGGUAAAGUAUUUUUUCUAAUUUUGACAUAAAAGUAAUAGCAGCAAGUGUCAAAAUUAUAUACUUUAUGUAACCAGUUACAUCAAGUUGUAGUGGCUUGCGAAAGAAGCUCAUUAUGUCGCUAGUUGCGAAAAGAAAACAACAAGAUUUAGCAAAACAAAAAACACCCGACAAGUGGUUGAGAAAAAUUAUAUAAUUUUCUAAAUGUAUGUAUAUGAAAGUAUGCGGUAAGAUAUCAGGGCCGGAUUGGUUAAAAAUAGUUUGCACAUUUAUUUUCUUCAUGAAUUAAUUAAUGAAAAAAAUUGAUAGUUCUAAAAUCAAACAUCACGCAAAUAAAUUUAUGAAUUUCUUCCAAAAUCUUACCUUAAAGUACCAAUCUAAAAAACAAACCUAAAUACUAAAAGACUGUCUAAGGAAUUAUAUUAAAUAAUGUUGUUUUGUUCCUACAAGCACUAGAAUCAUUGUGUACGGUCAGGGUUCCAUUUUGUUUUAUUUAUCUUGAAGAAGUUUGGCUGUACACCUAUCAAUUUCUUCAUGAAGAAAUUGUCAUAUAUGUAAAACACUUAUAAAAUAAUUUUUAUCAUGAAUGUAGUUAUCAAAAUGGUGACCACCGCUCGCGUUUGAUUUUACGCUCUUUAAUGAUUUCCAAAAUCACCGGCUGCCAUCUUUAUUUCUGGCGCCUGAAGUGAUAAUUUUUAAUGUAAAUUAAUGUGCUAGGGCUGAAGUGAAUUGUACAGUUUCCUUAUAGUAUUAAGACUUAUGAUGAAACCUUUUUUGAAUUAUAAUUAAGGGGCAGCUUAAAAAAAAUGUGUACCUCUAAAUGUCCUAUGUUUAAAUGUCGUAACGAGUUGGAACUAAAAAAAAAAUGUUUUUUUUUAUACUAAAUUGUGUAAUCAUUUUUUAGGUUGGAUCUUUUUUGUGGGGAAAUGGGUUUUACUUCUCUCCAUUAACAUUUAAUUUUUUUUGGCAUGUUUGAUGUAAGCGACAUUUAGCUAAAUGAUUAUUUUUUGUAUUUUUUGUGUUCAGUUGAUGCCAGAGAGAUUAUCUGUUAAUAUUUAGAAGGGACAAUAUGACUUUGCUUAGUAAUUACACAUUGUCUUAACCAGAGUUUUUAUUUUAGUUUUUUUCCUUCUUUUGAGAUAUACUUUUUUUUGUUAAUUUUGAUAUCUAUACGUAUAUAUUGUUUUUAAAAUAUUGUUAAUUGGGUAAUAGCUGCCGAUAUUGCCAUUUUUAUAUAAAGAGAUCGAAAAGCAAAAGUGUAUAAAUAAAUUU